AUGGAGGAACCUUCCAAUUCAGAGAAUCUUAUUAACGUGAAAAGUUCUUUAACAGAUUCGCAGAUGAAAAGUAUGGCUACGCGUAUAUCUAUCAUCAAUAGAAAGCUUGAUGCCAAAGGUUAUAGUGAAAUUCAACCCUUCACGGAAAAAAAGUUCGAGAAUGCCACUGAUAUAUAUGAGAGAGAAUCGCAGCUAGUUGGAAUUGUAGAUCAGUUAUUAAGGGAGAACGAGGUUUUAAGAGAGAUAAAUGAGGGUAGUGAAAGGCAGUCUAAAAACAACGCACGAUUGGUAAACCGUUAUGAAGAGCUCGCAGGAAAAAGUGAGUUUUUAGCGCUGAAGAACGAAAGGAAAGCAAAGGAACUGGAGAUCGAAAACCUUAAGCUCCGAUAUACAAUCAACGAUUUGGAAGAGAGAAAAAAAGGUGUUGAGCUAAAAAUUCGGGAUAUUCGCAAUGGUUGGGAGGCUUAUAAGAGCCAGGUUGAUAGGGAGAAACGUAGGUCAGAAUUUGAAAAAGAGGAGCUAUUGGCAAGGAUUAAAAGGCGAAGGUGCCUUCCAAAUCAAAAUACCAUGCGUAAUUUGAAUGACAGCAUGACUGAAAAUAAGUUUACAUCUACAGAGUUAGUAAAGAGAUUACUGACAGAAAAGGAGAAACUGAAAACAAAAGUUUUAGAAAUGUAUGGGUUUAUAAAAAACCUUUAUCAGUGUCUCGAGGGGCUAAAGGCAAGCGAUGGAGAAUGUCCUAUAGCUCAAACUUUCCUGGUAGGCAAGGAAAAGCUAGAUGAAUUGAACUAUGAUUACAAUUCCAAAGCUUUGAUCGAGUUAGACAAGAACUUUUUCCAAGUAUUGCUGGAAAUAAAACAGGAGCCAUUUGGUAGUAACGAUACAUUCAGGUCGAAAACAGUAGGGGCACAAAAACAACGUGAAGUUGAUUCCUUAAGAAAGCAAUUAGCGGAGCUACAGGAAAACUAUGACAAGGUCGUAAACACCAUGGCCGAAUGGAAGAAAUGGAGAGAAAAGGAACGUCAUAUAGAGAAAUAA